CUGUCGCGGUUCCCGGUCCCUCCCCGUCUCCUCCUCUCUGACAGAAGAAGUCACAGCCGGCGGCGUCCACCGAGACAAGAUGGCGACCUCCAAGUGUACGCGGCUGACAGGAGACCUUUCCCGCCGGUUUCUGGCUUCGGUGGACACGGUUCUCUUUGACUGUGACGGAGUGUUAUGGCGGGGGGACGAGGCGGUACCGGGGGCCCCGGAGCUCGUCACCGGUCUUCGGAAGAGCGGGAAGCGGGUCUUCUACCUGACGAAUAACAGCACGAAGACCCGGGCCAUGUACGCCGACAAGCUGGGGCGCUUGGGCUUCGGCGCGGAGCCGGGGGAGGUGUUCGGCACCGCCUACUGCACGGCCCGGUAUCUGCGGGAUGUGGCUCGGCUCCGGGGCAAGGUCUACCUGAUCGGAGGGACGGCGCUGAGCCAGGAGCUGGAGGCGGCGGGGAUCCCGCACGUGGGGAGCGGCCCGGAGCCGGUGACGGGCGGCACGAAGGAAUGGGCGGCCCUGAAGAAGGAGCCGGACGUGCGGGCUGUGGUGGUCGGCUUCGACGAGCACUUCAGCUACAUGAAGCUGACCCGAUCGCUCCAGUAUCUGCAGGACCCGGACUGUCUGUUCAUCGCCACCAACACGGACACCCGCCUGCCGCUGGAGGGAGGGCGCGCCAUCCCCGGAACCGGCUGCUUGGUGCGAGCGGUAGAAACUGCCGCUCACCGCAAAGCCCAGGUCAUUGGAAAGCCCAACUCCUUCCUCUACGACUGUGUAGUCAGUGAAUGCGGCUUGGAUCCCGAAAGGACUGUGAUGGUGGGAGAUCGCCUGGACACGGACAUCCAGAUGGGAUCCACGUGCCGGAUCCGCACACUCUUGACCCUCACCGGAUUCUCUACUCUGGAGGACGCAAAGUCCUAUCAAGAAAGCGGCAACCUCUCCAUGGUCCCGGACUUCUACGUGGACUCCGUUGCUGAUCUGUUACCAGCCCUGUCUUCUGCUGAUCAGUGACCCGUCUCUCCAGGCAAGAGAACUGGAAGAUUGCCGCCGAUGACUUGAUUGACUCAUUUAUGCCCGCUUUCCUUCUGGCUUGAGCCAUCUUUGUGAUGAUUGCGUUCUCCUGUCGGUCCGUGGUUUGCCUACUUUGGUACAUGCGCUCAGGUCCGCACAGCCUCCAUUUUAAUAAUAUAUUUUAUCAGAAGUAACGGUCAUGUUCUGCCAGCCUGUCCGAGGUGUGAUCGAUCCAUGGCCAAAUUUACCUAUAGAAGUUCACAUCUAAUUUAUUUUAUAAUACAGAAUGAGACAUUUUA